AUGGCGGACCUUACGGACAUCGGUUGCUGCAAUUGCUUUAGCUUUUUAAGGAAGCCCAGUGUACCUGUACAUCAACAUCAGGAUGCUGAUGGCAUGUUAUCUGAAGAUUUACUGAAGCGUCAAUCAGCUGAAGAUCCGGAUGGAAGUUUCUACACUGGAGAUGAUCCUGAUAUAAGCUUUUAUAACGGGGAUGAUCUUGAUAGAAGCUUCUACAAUGGAGAUGAUCCUGAUAGAAGCUUCUACGGUAGAGAUGAUACUGACUAUCUUGAGGGAAGUGAUGAUGGACCACCGAGGAAGAGUUCUGAAGAUAUUAUACAGUCAAGAAUUCAAAAUGGCUUUGCAUGUAGAGAGAUCCCAGUUAAAGAGACUAAAAAAGUAUUUCGCUCAGAGGAUGAAAAUUUUAAUAAGAUGGUCAAUCAAUUUGUCCACUUGGGAAAGAUUGGUUCUGGAAGCUACGGCAAAGUGGUUAUGUACAGAAACAUUAAAGAUGGGAAGUUGUAUGCAGUGAAGGUUCUGAAUAAGCCUUACAUGAUGAAAGUACGUGUUGUACGCACAGAAACCGCCAUGACAGAUGUUCUUCGGGAGGUAUCCAUAAUGAAAAUGCUGAAUCACCCCAACAUUGUAAAUCUCGUUGAAGUGAUUGAUGACCCAAACAUAGAUAAAUUCUACAUGGUUCUUGAGUAUGUUGAAGGAAAAAUGGUUUGUGAUAAUGGUUUAGAAGAAGCUACUGCAAGAAAUUAUUUGCGAGACAUAAUAUCUGGUCUUAUGUAUCUUCACUCUCAUAACAUUAUUCAUGGUGAUAUCAAACCAGACAAUCUCUUGGUUACCAGUGCCGGCAAUGUGAAGAUAGGGGAUUUCAGUGUUAGCCAGGUUUUUGAGGAUGAUGAUGAUAUGCUUUGGAGAUCUCCUGGCACUCCUGUUUUCACUGCCCCAGAGUGCUGUCAAGGUUCAGCCUACCAUGGUCGGGCAUCUGAUACAUGGGCAGUUGGUGUAACUUUAUAUUGUAUGGUUUCUGGGCAUUAUCCAUUUCUUGGGGAUACAUUGCAGGAAACUUAUGAUAAGAUUGCCAAUGAUCCUGUGCAAAUACCUGGAGACAUGAACCCCCAACUUGCUGAUUUGCUCCUAAGGCUUCUUUGCAAAGAUCCAGGGGAUCGCAUCACGCUGCAGGCUGCUUGGCUGAGCAUCCUUGGGUUGUUGGGAAUGAAGGGCCAGUCCCUGAAUUCAUCUGUAGAUGUGGGUUUGGCAUGA